AGCCCAUAAUCAGUUUGAGAGUUAAACGAAAAAUGGAAGGUAAUCGGUUCGGUUCGGUAUUCGUUUAUUUUAUAAUUCUAAUAGGGUGCAUUCCAGUUAUACUAAGCAGGAAGCAAUCGUACGAUGCGCUAAAUGUGGAUGUGAUCAAUAAUCCCGGAAGAAUAUUUUCCACAAACUUAAAAUUAGUUGGUCGCGAUCGUUUGAUCAACGGCACUAUGGAAUUGAUGGCGGAUAUAACCCACAAGGAAAAAAUAUCGGCGUUUUUUUACUCGAAUUCGGGAGGAGGAUACAAAAUUAUGCCCCUGAUGGUUCCCGAAGAAGACAGUUGCUCCGUGAUUCGAUCGUACUACAAACAAUUCAUAAAGGACUCUUUUAAGCUUGGCAUCAAUACUGACUUCGAUUUUCGGUUAUGCCCUUUACCAAAGGGCGUUUAUUGGUUCAAGGAUGUUUCUCUCGAUAACAGGAAUUGGGUCUCUGUUCUACCAAGGGGUCUUAUGAAAAUGAUUUUAAAUUUCACGGACAACGGAGAAUUCGUCGGAGGUUUUGAGUUUGUUAUCGAUAUUAAAGACAAGUACUAGAAAACACAUUUUGUAAGUCUAAUAAAGAUUUUCGAUUUAUAGAUUCA